CGAGCCCAAGUGCAAGUAGGUCCCCGACGACGAUGCUGGAGCUGCUGACGUACAAGAUCUACGGGGCGCCGGCCUACAUGGUGGUGCCCUUCGUGGUGCUGGUGCUGAUCUACGUGGUGCUGGUGGUGCGCUUCAUCCUGCACAUGCGCGGCCUGAACGUGAGCUUCACGGGCAAGAAGCGCAAGAUGGCGCUGCUGCUAGGCCCGCGCCACGCCGGCAAGACGAGCUUCUUCCACCUCAUUCGCGACGGCGAGCACGUGGACACGGUCAGCUCCAUGAAGGAGCAGACCUUCCGCUUCGUGGUGCACCCCAAGUACAACCCGGACAAGUUCGACGCCGAGCUCACGGUCGUCGACUACCCCGGCCACGAGCGCCUCCGCUCGCGCGUGGCGGACUUUUACCCCGUGGCGGGAUGCAUCGCCUUCUUCGUGGACGCCAGCGACGUGCCGUCGUUCCGCAAGGCCGCAGAGUUCCUGUACGACAUCUUCGCCAACAAGAAGGUGAACGACCAGGCGCCUCCGAUCAUGGUGGUGUGCAACAAGAGCGAGGCCUCGGGCGCCUCCAGUCCGCAGGCGGUGCGUGACGCGCUGGAGAAGGAGCUGACGCAGCUCAAGACGACGCGCUCGUCCCUGGAGACGGAGGGCGACGAGGACGAGCAGGAUCUGUCCCAGGUCCCGGUCGGCCGUGACGGAGCCAACUUCGAGUUCGAUGUGGACUCGCCCUGCGAGAUCUCGUUCGUCAAGUGCAGCGUCAAGGACGCCAACAUCCACGAGGUGGUGACCUUCAUCCAGCAGCACUAG